AUGGUGCUGGACUAUUCCAAGUGGGACAAGCUGGAAUCGUCGGAUGACGACGUGCCUCCACAACGGCCACCAACCAAGGUGGAGAAGGCUCCGGCCAAAUCCCCUGCUCCGAAGCGCAAACUGCAGCCUUGGGACUACCACCCUGCAAAGUCACUCCACAAGGACCUGUUCGAGCCGGACAACUGGCAGCAGUGGAUUCACCCUUCUCUGCUCGAUGUGAUCUCUGCCUGGCAGAAGCAGAAGGAAACAGGGAAUUCCUCCGACUUCUCCUGUGUUGACCUGGAGAACUUCGAUGGGUUUCGGGUUGAAGCUCCAGGAAUCUGCAGCUUCCCUGCCCUCAAGGAUGAGUUUUGUGACAUGCUCUUGGAGGAGGUGAGGAACUACCGUGCAAGUGGACUGCCGUCCCGUGCACCGAACAGCAUGAACAACUAUGGCUUGGUCUUGAAUGAGAUUGGCUUGCGAGCCUCCUUUACGUCUGUUUUGAAGGAGGUGCUGCUUCCGAUUGGGGCGAGGCUUUUCGGUAGCGACGAAGAUCGCGUUGAGUCGGUGGCUGGCAUUAACGUGGAAACGGAAGACUGGGGCGGCUCCACGCUGGAUGAUCAUCAUAGUUUCAUCGUUCAGUAUCGUCCAACUGACGACAAGCAUUUGGACAUGCACAUAGACGAGUGCGAUGUGACCUUCAAUUUUGGUAUCACUUCGCAUGACAAUUUCGAGGGCAAUGACUUAACUUUCUGCGGAAUGUUCGACUCGGCAAGCCAUCGCAAGCUGCAUCACAGGUACAAGCACAUUCGCGGACGCUGUGUUGUGCAUUCUGGGAAACGUCGUCAUGGUGCCAUGGACAUUGAGAAGGGCGAAAGAGCAUCGCUGAUAAUGUGGACAAAGAGUCGAAGCUUCCGGCGGACAGAGGCGUACCGUGAAAGAAAUCGAAGAGGGCUGACAUAUGGAGAUGCGGACAACGUCUGCCUCAGCUACACUCAUGACCCCGACUACAAGAAGCUCAUGCCUAAAAAGUUCCAGUACCAUAUGAAGCAGGAAGCACAUGAUGCUUCUCAGAAGAGUCUGGCGACAGAGAAGAGGUGGAUUCGCGUGUGUUCAGCCAAAGAACUGCUGGAAGGCGAAUCAAAGAUGGUCGCCCUGGAGUCAGAGAACGAGCAGAUUGCAGUUUUCCGGCACAGAGGUGAGCUCUUCGCUUUGGACAAUCGAUGUGCCCACAUGGGCGGUUCCUUGUGCGAGGGCGAGAUAGAGGAUGUUGGCACCCACGGCCUAGGCGCCAGUGACUCCAAAGCUACAGAUGGUAUGGUAAUCUGUCCGCGACACUUCAUGUGUUUUAACCUGCGUACCGGUGAGAACGUUGAGGGCGACUCCAUGAGUCAGAAGGUGUAUCCUGUCCGUCUCUCGGCAGAUGGCACAAACGUGGAGGUGGAGGUGGACAUGGAAGUGACUGUCCAGGCAGUUCCUGAUCUGUCGGCACGUCUCCCAAGACUUCUUCAGAUGCUUCGCUGCUGGAGCUUGAACGGCCGCCAGGUUCCAAAGCUUGCAGCUGCUGGAUUGGGUUGCUUGGUGGUCUUCGUCGCGGCAGCCUUGCGCUUUCGCAGCACGUUUCGAGAUGCGAGGACCAUUCAAAGGUAA